AUGGCUGUGGCAACUGCUUUCAUCAGGCUCAGACGCCAGCUUCUGCAACUUCACGGCCGAUGCUUCAUGUUUCGUGCCCUUAGUGCAUGCGGAAGACGGCUCGGCUGCAGCAGCCUUGGAGGCAGCCUUGGAGGCAUCCAACGCUGCCCACCAGAGAGGCCUUGGAUGUGCGAGUCCACUUCGACCUGCAAAGAGAGCUGCGCCUCGUACGGUGGGCGCAAGAGUUGCACUCCCGGCGAGUGGCCGGCCAAUUUGCCAGAGAUCUUUGAGGCAGCCUCCUUCGCGCCAGCUUCCUUGUCUUUGAGAUUUGGUCCCAGGAGCUACUUGUCCAACAACGUCUCCAACUGCGUCUUCUCGUGGAGUGGGGGAACCAUUCCCAGACACGCCAAAUGUCGGCACUGGAGGACAAGUGCCUUGAUGGCAGUUGGCAAUGGUGGUAGAUCCAAUGAGCUUUGCUCGCCGAUCCUGGGCGAGAGUUGA